GUUUAUGGACCCAUUGACAAGAGGUGACUAUCCGCAGAGCAUGCGAUCUAUUGUUAAAGAAAGAUUACCAAAUUUCACUGAAGAACAAUCCAAGUCACUUAUUGGGUCAUAUGAUUAUAUUGGAGUCAACUACUAUUCUUCUAGAUAUGCAAGUGCUUACCCUGAGGGUUAUUCUAUAACUACGCCUCCAAGCUACCUCACAGAUGCUUAUGUUAAUGUUACAACUGAGCUUAAUGGGGUCCCCAUUGGUCCACAGGCUGCUUCAGACUGGUUAUAUGUUUACCCAAAAGGACUUUACGAUCUUGUACUCUACACAAAAAAGAAUUACAAUGAUCCAAUUAUAUACAUUACUGAGAAUGGCAUGGACGAGUUCAAUAAUCCCAAAGUAUCCCUUGAGCGCGCCCUUGAUGAUAGCAAUAGAAUUGACUACUACUAUCGCCACCUAUGUUACCUCCAAGAAGCAAUUAUAGAGGGUGCUAAUGUGCAAGGAUACUUUGCAUGGUCAUUGCUAGACAACUUUGAAUGGAGCGAAGGAUACACUGUUCGGUUUGGUAUCAACUAUGUCGAUUACGACAAUGGACUGAAAAGACACUCAAAACUCUCGAUGCACUGGUUCAAAAGUUUUCUCAAGAGAUCCUCAAUUAGUAAGGAAAAAAUUCGAAGAUGUGGGAACAAUAAUGCUAGGGCUCACAAAUUUGUGUAUCAAAUUUGAAUCCCAAAUGAUGGAUAAAGUACAGUGGCUCCUCCAUUGUCGUUAUGCGAGUUGUUUGUGAUGUUAUAACUUUAUGUUUGGCUCUUUCUGAGUUGGAAUAAGUUGCAACAACUCAUUAUGAGUUAGUUGUCUCUCUAGUGAGAGUUUGGUUUAAUUUUACUUUAUGUUGUUGAUGUGCUUGGUUUAUCCAAGUUUUGUUGGCUUUAUGCAGUGGAGGUGCUUCGCCUGUUUGUGGAUGUGGUUGGAGGGAUACCUUAUUGUCUUGAUGUAUCCCUAGUGUGUUUAUAUUUGAUCAGUGGCCUUUUAUGGCUAAAUUAUGAAUAAAAAAUAAAAACUACAAUAAAUGAA